AUGUCAUCGAUCGAUCUGACGCCAUCGCGUCGUCGUCGCGUCAUGAAACCAGCUCAUCGCAAUGUCAAGCUACAGCGUGAUUGUUCAUUCAAAAUAUCUCGAGUGGGUCGUAUACAACAUCGAGUAACGCAUCUAUUUUCGUGUACUUUUAGCACCACCACCUCGAACGCAGCCUCGGCACUUCACGGCAGCAACAGCAACACACAGGUGCAGGACAUCAACUCGCCACUGAUACAGGAGGAUGGUGACAACAAGGUGCUGAAGCUCCGAUUCGAUGUUAGCCAGUAUGCCCCAGAGGAGAUCAUGGUCAAAACAGUGGACAACAAGCUGUUGGUUCACGCCAAGCACGAGGAAAAGUCCGACACCAAGUCCGUGUACAGGGAGUACAACCGGGAGUUCCUGCUUCCGAAGGGCUGCAACCCGGAGCUGAUCAAAUCGUCACUUAGCAAGGAUGGUGUCCUGACUGUGGAUGCUCCCCUGCCGCUGCAAGCUUUGACCGCUGGCGAAACCAUGAUCCCGAUCGGGCAUCAUUAAGGGAUGGAGGGACGGACAUUUUGGGAAUGACCGCUGAGAGCAAUCACACGAGAAUUUCGAAAUCACAUACGCUACCACACUCAUAUACAUCGAUCGAUUUCCCAAGACAAACGGCGAGGGAAUAUUUAAAGGAUUAAAUUUUGCUAACGCUUCAAAAAAUCACGCAUUACAGAUUUUUUGAAAAGUUUGCAAAAAACUAAAAAAUGCAUUCAGUAAUGGAUUCAAUCAUAGAUUCAUGCUUUUACGUAGCCAUAUUUUUGUUUUGUUUUUAAUUUCUGCUUGCCAACGGCCGGUGUGCAAGUUUUUCUUUGGGUAGCCAGUAAUAUUUAGUGUCGAAACAAAUUUAAGACAUGAUAUUUAAAAUCAGUAGACAAACAAGCAAAACACCAUUUGCUAGACAACCACGCCCAUGUGUCGUCCUUGUGAUAAGAUUUAGAAGCGCACACAGCUACUUAAAACAGCACGUACCAACAGCCAUUAGCAGAACUCAGAGAUCAAACAAUCACUUCGGAAACAUCACUCAUUAAACACAAUACCACGAAGAAAUAGUUAAGAAAAACAGUGGCCUUUAUCUUCCGGUAAUCGUCAUCAUUGAAAAAAAUAAACCACAAUUUUUACCACUAGCAAGCAGUCAUUUUAAAAAUCAGACUCUUCCGAGCAAACUAUUCAGGAACACUUACACAAGCUGAACUUCGACAUUUUAACUAGAGAAUACCACGUGCUAGCUUCAUCAGAAAAAAACUUUUUUUAAAGUCACGCUACUUCAGUGCAAAGAAAUGAUAUUUCAUGGCAAUAUGUUACAAACAUCGGAUUGGAUAUUAGAGAGUGUCAUGCUACACAAGAUAUUUUAUGAGAGAUUGAAAAACCAUAAAUUACUCACCAUAUUUUUUUCUCCGGUAUUAGAAACAAUCAAGCGAAAGAAGUGGUUAACUACUGCAAGCAGAUAAGAUCAGGCGGAAGAAGAAAACAAAACUACUAAAUUCGAAUGGUAAAAGUACCGAAGGACUCUAUAAUUGUUUUAUGUGUCAUUGUGCUUUAUUUAUUUUUAUAUCGUAAAUUUGAGAAUUUUAAGAAAUGAAACUAUAGAUAUGGACGAGAA